UGCAGGACAGGCCACUGCUUCUCCGGUGACUACUAUACUUCGUUCAUACGUUCGAAAUCAAGGGCUUGCGCGUGCGGAAAACGGUCCCAAACUCGACGUCAAUUUACAGUCGAAUAUCCCCUCCAUGCUACCGUACGCCGGAGCAUCUGCAAGCCGGGCGCUGACAUUCCACUCGCGGACGUUCUAGGCACGCAGAAGGUAUUCCGAGCCCUAGCCCAACUCUUUCGAGACUCGAAAGCCUUCAGAAAG